GACUGUAACCGGAAGUAGUGGGUGUAGUUGACCCUGACUUGAUUGUGGUUUUUUCUCCGGGCCGGUAGCGGCUUCCGUGGAUCCAAUGAGGUGACGCCGCGUCCCGGGCCCGACCGCUGAGAGCAAGCCGGCGAUAAGGGGAACCAAAACUACUGAGUGUGGGCAACAAAGAAGCCCUGAAUCGACGAGUCGAAACGAGACAGAUAGUCCACCCUUAAAUAGCACAGCCUGCUAGCGAGCCCAUUCACAUUUCAGUGUGUAACCAGCGAAAGAAAGGUCACCAUGGCGGGUAGGAAGCUGGCGCCGCUUGCUUUCUUCUGCCUUGUCCUGGCAAUGUUGCCUUCCCACACAGCGACCGUGGCUGUCAUGUCCGUUGACAUGGGGAGCGAAUGGAUGAAAAUAGCGAUAGUGAAACCAGGUGUGCCCAUGGAGAUUGUCCUCAACAAGGAGUCGAGGAGGAAAACACCCAUAGCUGUAUGUCUCAAGGAGAAUGAAAGGCUUUUUGGAGACGGUGCACUAGGAGUGUCGGUGAAGAAUCCCAAAACUGUUUAUAGACAUCUCCAAAGCCUCCUGGGUAAAAAGCACGGCAACCUCCAGGUGGAGCUCUACAAGAAACAUUUCCCUGAGCACCAGCUGCUGGAGGACCCAGUGAGAGGCACAGUUUACUUUAAAAACUCAGAGGACUUGCAGUACACACCCGAGGAGCUCAUUGGGAUGGUGCUCAAUUAUUCCCGUGGACUGGCUCAAGACUUUGCAGAACAACCAAUCAAAGAUGCAGUGAUCACCGUCCCGGCCUUUUUCAACCAGGCGGAGCGCAGGGCCGUUCUGCAGGCCGCGCAGAUGGCAGGUCUAAAGGUCCUCCAGCUUAUCAACGACAACACGGCUGUGGCCUUAAACUAUGGGGUCUUCAGGAGGAAAGAUAUCGACAACACGGCCAAGAAUAUAAUGUUUUAUGACAUGGGCUCUGGUAGCACGACCGCCACCAUCGUCACUUAUCAGACAGUGAAAACCAAGGAGUUUGGCACGCAGCCCCAGUUACAGAUCCGAGGUGUUGGGUUUGAUCGUAGCUUGGGGGGCUUCGAGAUGGACCUGCGACUCCGGGACCACCUGGCCAAACUGUUCAAUGAGCAGAAGAAGAGCAAGAAAGAUGUGAGGGAGAACCACAGGGCCAUGGCCAAGCUCCUCAAAGAAGCUCAGAGGCUCAAAACUGUGCUUAGUGCAAAUGCGGACUUCAUGGCCCAGGUGGAAGGUUUGAUGGACGACAUCGACUUCAAAGCUAAGGUGACCAGAGCUGAGUUUGAAGAGCUCUGUGCCGACCUCUUUGAAAGAGUUCCUCGUCCAGUGCAGGACGCCCUCGCUAUCUCAGAAAUGAAGCUGGACGAAAUAGAGCAAGUUAUCCUAGUCGGUGGCUCCACACGUGUCCCCAAGGUUCAGGAAGUGCUGCUCAAAGCUGUGGGAAAAGAGGAGCUGGGGAAGAACAUCAAUGCAGAUGAGGCAGCGACCAUGGGAGCCGUGUACCAGGCUGCCGCCCUCAGCAAGGCCUUCAAAGUCAAACCUUUCCUGGUCCGAGAUGCUGCUGUCUUCCCCAUUCAGGUGGAGUUCACCCGCGAGAUGGAGGAGGAGGAGGGAGUGAAAACCGUGAAACACAACAAACGCAUCUUGUUCCAGAGGAUGGCACCUUACCCCCAGAGGAAAGUCAUCACAUUCAACCGCUACAACGACGACUUCGAAUUCUACAUCAACUACGGAGACCUCAGCUUCUUGAGUCAGGAGGACCUCAGUGUGUUCGGUUCUCUGAACCUGACCACAGUCAAGCUGUCUGGAGUGGGCAGCAGCUUCCAGAAACAUGCAGAUGCCGAGUCGAAAGGAAUCAAAGCUCACUUCAACAUGGAUGAAAGCGGAGUUCUUCUGCUGGAUCGGGUUGAGUCCGUCUUUGAAACCAUCGUGGAAGAAAAAGAAGAGGAAUCCACUUUAACUAAACUGGGUAACACAAUCUCCACCUUGUUUGGAGGAGGAUCUUCAGAACCUACCUUAAAUGUGACUGAACCUGUCCAGGACGAGGAGGAAGUGCCUCCAGAGCCUUCAAAGGACGAGAAGGAGGAGGGCCAGAAGGAGGAGGAGGACGCCAAGGAGAAGAAAGACGAACCAGAGAAACCCGAGGGCGAAAAGGAAAACCAGGAAAAGACAGAGGAGGCAGACAGCAAACCCGAGGCCAAGGAGGAAAAGGAUGGCGACAAAUCAGAAAAAACUGAGGUGGACAAGGAUGCGGAGAAGACGGCGAAGCCUCAGAAGAAGAGCAAGAUCUCUGAAGACGUCGCUGUGGAACUGGUCAUCAACGACAUCCUCAACCCCACUACAGACGACCUCCUUUCCUCUAAAAAGAAGCUGCAAGACUUAACAAACAGAGAUCUGGCCAAACAGGAGAGGGAAAAGACUCUUAACAGCCUGGAAGCUUUCAUCUUUGAGACACAGGACAAGCUGUACCAGGAGGAUUACCAGCGUGUGGUGACCGAGGAGGAGAAGGAGCAGAUCUCGGCCAAGCUGAGCGAGGCGUCCGAGUGGAUGGACGAGGAGGGCUACGCGGCCACCACCAAACAGCUGAGAGAGAAGCUGUCUCAGCUGAAGAGCUUGUGCAAGGACAUGUUCUUCAGAGUGGAGGAGCGACGCAAAUGGCCAGACCGCCUCAACGCCUUGGACAGUUUGCUCAACACCUCCAGCUUCUUCCUGAGGAGCGCCAAGCUGAUUCCAGAGGACGACCAGAUCUUUACUGAAGUUGAGCUGAAUAUGUUGGAGAAAGUCAUCAAUGACACCACGACGUGGAAGAACGAGACGCUGGCAGAGCAGGAAAAGCGCUCCCUGACAGAACGGCCGAUCCUGCUGUCCAAAGACAUUGAGUCCAAACUGGCUCUGCUGGAUCGAGAAGUCAACUACUUGCUGAACAAGGCCAAGUUUGCUAAGCCUAAGGCUAAAGCCAAACCCAAGAACAGCACCAGCUCCGAGAAAAGCAGCAGCGACAACAGUACAGCUGAGGAGAAAGUCAUCCCUCCGACGGAGGAGAGCACGGACGCAAAGAGCGAACCAGAGGAGGUGCAGCCUGGAGAAAUCCCGCCCACCGUGGAGACCACUCCACAGCCAGAGACAGAGAGCCCAACAGAGCCCACAGAAGAAACGACAACUCCAGGACCAACACAGACGGCCCAAACUGACAACCACAUAGGGGAUGAAUUAUAACAGCUGGAACUGUGGAAAAAAAAAAAAAAAAAAAUCACUAUAUUUAUUGACGGUGUGCACAUGUUCAAGUUCCUCCUCCUCCUUCUUCUUCUUCUGUUUUUUUUUCUUUUUUUCCUUCAGGCUUUAUUGCUCCGUUCGAUUGGUCAAACAUUUUUUUGACCAGUUUCAAAAACGAAACUAUAGACAUUUGACAUGGAUGAGUGCCGUUCUUCUCUGCUUUCUUUUCCACCUGUCUCCAAGCUGUAACUUCAACCAUAGCGUGUUGUUUUCUGGUUGUUCUACGUCUGAACUUUGCUGAGUAAGUCAAGUCCUUGGUUAUGGUCACAGCCAGGGGAGGGGCUUUUGGGGAGUUCUUUGGAUGAUUUGAUGUAGAUGUAUUAGAUUCCCAGAUGUCCUGUAGUACAUUGGGUAUACUCUUAAUUAGCUACAUGUAUUGGACAUGCAUAAAUUAAUGUAAAUGAAAGGCAUUCUUAAUAUAGAGACUCAUAACAUUGUCUGUAAAGUAGUCCAGCAGGGAUGGAACAAAACUCCGAAGUAGCUGACAAUGCUGCCCGAUACUCUACAUGACUGGAAAUGCUUGGGAAAUGCAUCCCGUAUAAGAUGUAGAUAAUGAGGCUGCCUGUGCUCGGGCUGAUGAAUCUGCUUUUCUUCACUGAACAUUCUUGCUUGUGAACUUUCCAUCCUUUGAAAUCCCCAUCCAUCACCAACAUCAAGACUUCCUUUUUUCUUUUUUUUUUCAUCUAAUCAUGUUCUUCUUAUCUAGUAGGCUGAGAACGAGUUAAAAAUGAGCUGCCAAAUUGGAACACGUAUCAAAUUUGUGUAGCUCUGAUCCGGCCAGAUUGCGUACAAGCUUUUCACCGGUGCAGUCCUUCAGCGUUUGUUUAAUGUUCUCUGUUAAGGACGGAUAAAAGCGGCUAGAAGAAGUCAUGCAUUAGUCUUUUCUGUUCUUUACCGUUUCACACCUUAUAGUGCAGAUUCUUGCACUUUUUUUUUUCUUUUUUUUCCCUGUACGUGACGAGAGCGUGGGGUGGGUUGGGAGGGUUCAGGGCUUUGCGUCUGUUUUGUCCUUCUGUGUUUUUUUUGUUGUUUUUUUUGCAGCACUCUGGGUUAUUUGGGGAAGGGGUGGACUAGAGUAAACGGAAAAGCAGGAGUGGGUAAUGUAAACAAUGUCAUAUUUCUAAACUGUUAAUAAAAACUUUUUGUUUUUAA